CUAGUGUUUACGUCAUCAGAAACGGACAGUGUUGUUAUUCUUGAAAUGUGCCGAGCUGUUGUCCAUAUUUAGUUCGUUUUGUUUUAUCUUCCUUUUUAGCCAGUAUUUAUAGCCCGAACUGAAAAUGGCUGAUUAUUGGAAAUCGCAGCCGAAGAAAUUCUGCCAGUACUGCAAAUGCUGGAUAGCAGACAACAAGCCUAGCAUUGAGUUCCACGAAAGAGGGAAGAAUCACAAAGAAAAUGUUGCUGCCAAAAUUGCUGAGAUUAAAAAGAAAAGCAUCGACAAGGCAAAGCAGGAGGAACGCAUGUCCAAAGAGUUUGCAGCGAUGGAGGAGGCCGCACUGAAGGCGUACCAGGAGGACAUGAAGCGGAUGGAAAUGGAGUCAGGUUCAGCUUCCCAGGCUCGACCAGUAGCCCAGGUGCAACCUCAGGCACCAAAGCAAGAGAAGACAAAAACAAAAGCGAAGAAGGAGCGCAACAAGCCCACACAGUCAGAGGCAUGGGUGGAAGGACAGACGGAUGAUGGAAACACAUACUACUACAACACAAUAACUGGAGAGUCUCAGUGGGAAAAGCCAGAAGGUUUCCAGGGUGAAAGUUCAGAAUCUGCACAAAUCGGACAGAGUGAGGGCUCGUCAGGCAACGCUUGGAUGGAGGCGGUCAGUCCUGAUGGUUAUACCUACUAUUACAACACAGACACUGGAGAGUCCAGUUGGGAGAAGCCAGAAGACUUUAUUGCUACGGAGGCGUCUGGAGCUGGAUCCGGAUCCAGUGGAGAGGUAGAGGGAGAGGGUCAGGAGGAGCCGUCCACACCUCAGCCGGAGCCUCUGUCAGGGGGAGAGGAGAGCUCCAAUGGGGCCGAGGCGUCCAAGGAGGCUGAGGACAGCGGACAAGCCAGCCAGCAGCCCAAAGUCCCCAAGAUCAGCUUCAGGAAAAGAAAAGCAGAGACGGAGCCAUCAGAAAAGGAGGAAGGAGGGGAUGAAGCCAGCGCUGACACCAAGGAAGAUGACAGUGAGGAGAAGAAAGGAGAGGAGGAGGCCCAGAGCACGUCGGCUGAGCCCAAGGAGGAGAAAGAGGAAGAAGAAACACAGGCCAAGAGGCCGAGGGCAGCCAACCCAUAUGGGGUGUGGGAGCAGAUCCAGCAGGAGGAGGACCCAUAUGCCAGCGUGGACCUGCAGUUGCCUCAGGUGGAGGGAAGUGCCACCGGCGGGCCAGAUGAGCUGCCGCCAGAGCCCAAGCCCAAAUUCAAGGAGCGCAUCAUCACCUCACUCGGAGAGGAAGGGGGACCUGCUUCGUUCAAGAAGAGCAAGACACAAAACGGCAAAUCCAGGAGUCUCCGACAGAGGGACAAAGACGACUGACCCAAACACCGAACGCCUUGUCAAAUUUACAGCCAGAGUGAGAUGAGACUUCUGCAGCAUCAGAGACUUUUUCAUGUGUGAAAUUAAACAUUUCAGCAGGUGAAAUGUGGCUGUCAGGGAGCUUUGACAUUUAGACGCACUGCUUGGGUCUUUGAGGACUCUGCUGACUAGGAAUUUAAUUUUUUUUUUUUUUUUUUACCAAUGAUGCAUGUCACAAUGUCAUCAUAUUUUGUCGUGGGUUUUUUGUUUUUUGCUUCCUUCAUAAAGUAGGGGGGCAAAUUGGCCUUUAAGGAAUAAACCAAGAGGGUUGAAGUUGCAAGGAAACAGGAUCAUUUUGCACUAUCCACUGUCUUCCCUUUGUACUGAAAUCUAUCAAAAUAAAAAAGGUAUGUGACAGUUUUGUAGCGCACAGGAAUUAUCUACUCCAUACAACAUUGUCAUCUUCUCAAUCUGGUCAUUUUAUUCAUGUAAAUACAAUUCUCCUGUUGUCUGUUAUGUGCAGACAUACGAUAGAGUAAUUGUGAAAAAAGUUUUUGUAAUUUUUUUUCCCCCAUAUUUGUAUUUUUUUACCUGUGAAAUUUAUGUGACGCUAGUAAGGCAUCGUGUGGAAAUGUCAUCAUUUUGUCAUGUAAAGUGACUGACUUUGUUAUAGCAGUAUGAAAAGAAGUUAUUAAAGGAGGGAAAAAGCUGGAGCUCCAUGAA